UGUGUGUGCUGCGACCAUGAAGUCGUACGUCCUGAUUUUCCUCGUGGCCGCGUCGGCGAUACGCGAAGCGUGGUGCGAAGUGGCGUCGGCGUCGGCGUCGGCGGGGACCCAGGAUAACGCUGUGCCCUCUCACGAUGCGGAUGCCGAGGUGGGUGGCAGCGGGUGGACCGAGAUUUUCGGGUGCUUCAAAGGCGAUUCGCCUAACCGUUGCCUCAGGGCCCGAUCCCUCCGGGCAUUGAAACAGUGGAGUGCCGAGGUCGUCAGGGUAUCUCGCAGCGACCCCGACACCUUCGACGACUCGACAAGUGCCGGUGAUUUAGUUGAAGAGAUAGGACAACUUUUCACGUUUGGAAUUUCUAAGUUUUUCCACAAUGAAUUCGAGCCGGCCUCGGCCGUGGCCAGCCCCCAUCCUUCCUCUGAUGCUUCCGCCAAAUCUGCCUCAGGAGACCCCAUUGAAGAAGGUCGUGGACACCACAAGAAGAAGAAGAUCCAAAAGGAAAUCAAGAAAUUCGUGCUGAAAAUCCUGAUCGGUAUCUUCCUGAUCAAGCAGAAAAUAAAAAUGUUGUUAAUGAUGCUGCAGACGCUACUCAUGUCCAAGUUCCUCAUCGUGGCGACCAUCUACGCACUGUCGAGUACGUUCAAGAUCUGGUACGACAUCAAGCACUCGAAACACGACAACAAAGUCAUCUACUACGAGAAUGCUCACCACCAACACCACUACGAGCCCCCAGACCACAGUGAGUACGAGGACCACCACGGCGGAUGGGGCGGCAUCUGGGGAAGGAGCAUCGCGGUGACCGAGCCCAGCCAGAUCAUCGAACACGGAAUUCACUAUCCAAGGAGCUUUAGUCUCACUCAGUCCGAUUACAGCCCUCAGUCCGCUCAUGCCCUAGCUUACUCACAACAAAAGCCCAGCUAGUUCCUAGCUAGCUCUCAAACCAUCUCUCCCCCGUCCCCGUCCAGUCUCAAUGUCUACAACUUAACUCUCCCAUUACGUUACCAGGCGUAACUUGGAGUGUAGUCACCGCCUCUCUCUCCAUCAUCCUCCUUCCUUGUUGAGACGACAUCCUCUUUCUUACCCCCUCCCCUCAAGAAAAAAAAAAAAAGAAAUCACUUAAUCUGGGAUUUUGUCUUAGAAUGAAAGUGUCCCCAACAAUGGAUUGCGAGAAUAUAACUGACCUGGAAAAAGCCAAAUUUUUAUUUUAAAAAAAUAUUCACGAGGAGGACCCAAUGCAUUCGACAGAAAAACCAUGAUGCGGGUCCCUGAGUAGUUUUUGGCAAAUGAUCUUCCAUUGACGACCGAUCGGAACCCACAGUCAGUUGGCUCUUUAACGGUCCCGCAUCGUGAAAGCUCCCAUUUCAGAAGCUGCAGCUUUGAGGGGAGGGGGCAAAAACGACCGUUGAGUGCAAUGAUCCAUUCACCCGGUUUAGGGACUCGAUUCCUCUCUUCAGUGUGUGCCUACCUACAUUUAGAUGAAUAAAAAUUCCAAAGUAUCUUGUCAACGAGGAAUAGGAGGAUCACUUGCAAAAGUAGACUAUGCAACUUGUAAACAUAUGGAAUUCAUUUAAUUAAUACGAUCUCUAUAAUUAGUCCGGUGCAGCAAAUGAAUCCGAUUGAAAACAUGAAAUUUUUUGGAUCUAUACCAUUUUUUUCCCUUGUGGCAGCCCUCCGUAAGCAAAAAUAAUGGUGAAUGAAAAAGAAAAUUCGAGACCCUAUUCACCCCUUGCCACUUCUAAUAUUUUAAAUGUACGUGGCCAAUACUCUUAUGAAACUACCUUUUACUUGAAAUGCACAUAGUUUUUCUCCAGACAAGUCCUGUUUGAAAGCCACUUACAAGACAAUCUAAAAGAUUUGGCCCAUUUCUCUAUGCUCCGGUGACUUUGUGUUAGGAAUCGCACGUAUCAUGUAAAUAACACUCAAGUACCUAUAACAAGAUUUGGCAACCCCUAUUCUUGUUCUUCAGAUCAGCUCUACCUCCGAUGGAUCACUCAUUUAAUAUUUUAUGAUCAUCAGCUAUCUCUUAGGUGAGUGCGUAGAAUAACAUUGACCAAAAGUUCUCUCGCUUAUUUAUCCGGUUUCACCCUCAGCAUCAUUAUACUACAUAGUUGUAAAAUUUGAUUAAAGUAUUAUUCGUGCGUCCUACAAUACAGAGACCUGCCAGCUUUUGUGAGUUUUUUACCAUGAUGUGCUGGAUGCAAUAAAAAAAAAUAAUCGAAAUCUACGAAACUAUUUUGAAAUGGUGAGGUUUGUUUCACUAUUCAUGCAAGCCUCGUUAACCAUCAAAGUUCAUUAAAAUUUAUUAUCAUCAUUCAAUCAAAAUUCGUAAAAAAGCUGUGAAUUAUGUUUUUGCAUGCCUGUACACAUUUUAAUUGCACGUACCUACUUUACCAAUACCGGCCAAAUUAAUUUUUAUACACAAAGGUACUUGUUUUGACUGAAGUUGACGAACCAUGUAAAGGGGUUAAAAUAAACUAAAAAUUGUCUUGGCGUGCUUAGUUCAGGCCUGAAUUUUACGCUGUUGCCAUAUUUGUUCAUUUUCAUUAUACUUAAUGAGUCCAUCAUAUUUUUAGUGAAACAAUGAGUGAUUAUAUUAACUUGAAAAUGAUACAUACUUUAAGAUGAAAUUCUGUCACCGUGCUCCAUUUGAAACAUUUUUAGUGAUAAGUGGCUCGUUUUGAAUGAAUGAUCUAUCUUUGACCAUUCCUAUUUUGUGCGGGACAUUUUUAUACUGUUAUUUUGUAAAUAAUAAUAAUUUAUUUAUUUAAAUUAAUUUAUUGAUUAGUGAUUAAGUUUUUUUGUCAUAGAGUGAUUUCCAUGCUCCUCUUAAUGUAGGAUUAGUUGCAAAUUAGCUCAAUUUUUUUAAAAUGUUUGGCAAAGUUGUUCAAAGUUCCACAAUAGGAAAACAAAAAUCAAAAACAGAAAAUUUUAAAAUUUUGGAUAUUUGCUAGUUCCUGAAGUGAAAGAUGAGUAUCACUGGAAAAUUGUUAGAGAAAUAAGCGUGCAUGAUUCUUCGAAUGUACUUACGACCUAUACAUUUUUUCAGAAGUGUCCUUGGAGCAGCUGUAAACCCUACCUCCAGUUUUAAAACCUCAAUAAUCAAAUAAAUGACGGAUGAAAAACUAA